AAUGAACCAAAUGACUAAAAAAAAUAUUAGUUCAUUUUAAUGAACGAGAUUUGAAUGAAUGACUCUGUCAAAAGAGUUGAACUUGCCAUCACUACUACGAGCGCCUAUUACGGUAACAUCGUGUCGCAGCACAUUUCAAAAUAAAAGUGAGCUUCUGCUGAACAUAAUGCAAUUGAUGUGGCAGAAACGUUUAAAUAAAUAAAUGCUUAAAACAACACAAGUAUCUAAAGAAAAUAUUACAUUAUCAAAGAAAGCUUACUACAUUCAGCCAAGAUUCGAACUCAUGUGAAAAGAAAACAUUCUGUUUCCACUGACUGAUUUCACUUCACAAAGAUAGCAGACCACCUCAGGGAGACCCCCUGCUGUCUCUGACAUACUGGUUCUUGUGUUCUGAGCUCAGUGUUAUUGUUUCACCUCUCAGACUGACUGAAGUCCAGAAGAUGAGUGUUUGUGUGGAGGAAGAGGAGGACAGAGCAGAGUCUGCAGCAUCCAGCUGUCUGUCUAUGAAGAGUGACCGGUCCAAAGAUCUUGAUCCUCCAAUCUUCAGUAAUGAACUUGGACCCUCAGACACAAAAGAGAGGAAGAGGAGUCCUGUUCCUGUGGAGGAGCAGCCGUCCUGCUGUGCUUUGUGUCAGGACGUCCUGAAGGAUCCAGUCUCUACCAGCUGUGGACACUGGUUCUGCAGACAGUGCAUCACCUCAUACUGGGACCAGUCUGCUUCAUCAGGAGACUCCUCCUGUCCCCAGUGUGGAGAAAGAUCCAGAACCAGAGCUGGACUGCAGACAGCCAGUCAGAGCAGCUCUGUACAAAGUAAGACUGUUCAUCUGUCUGCUGAUGUCGUCAUAGUGGUUCUGACCAACGGCGUUGCUGGUGUUGGAAAAACCUUCUCGGUGCAGAAGUUCACUCUGGACUGGGCAGAGGGCUCGGAAAACCAAGAUGUCAGUCUGCUGGUUCUGCUCUCGUUCAGGGAGCUGAACUUGAUCAAAGAUGAGCAGCACAGUCUCCUCACGCUGCUCCAUGUUUUCCAUCCAACAUUACAGAAGGUCCCAGCAGAGAAGCUCGCUGUCUGGAAACUGUUGUUCAUCUUUGACGGCCUGGAUGAAAGCAGACUUUCAUUAAACUUCAACAACAAGAAGGUUGUGUCUGAUGUCACACAGAAGUCAUCAGUCAACCUGCUGCUGACAAACCUCAUCGAGGGGAAUCUGCUUCCCUCGGCUCUCGUCUGGAUAACUUCCCGACCUGCGGCGGCCAAUCAGAUCCCUCCUUCGUGUGUUGGCAGGGUAACAGAAAUACGAGGCUUCACUGACGCCCAGAAGGAGGAGUACUUCAGGAGGAGAGUCAGUGAUGAAGAGCUGUCCAGCAGAAUCAUCUCACACAUCAAGACCUCCAGGAGCCUCCACAUCAUGUGUCUAAUCCCAGUCUUCUGCUGGAUCACUGCUACAGUUCUGGAGCACAUGUUGACUACAGAGCAGAGAGGAGAGCUGCCCAAGACCCUGACUGACCUGUACUCACACUUCCUGCUGGUUCAGAUAAAGAGGAAGAAGCAGAAGUACGAUGAGGGACAUGAGACGAGUCCACAGGAGCUGACGGAGGCUGACAGGGAGGUUCUUCUGAAGCUGGGGAGGCUGGCGUUUGAACAGCUGGAGAAAGGAAACAUCAUGUUCUACCAAGAAGACCUGGAGCAGUGUGGUCUUGAUGUCACAGAGGCCUCGGUGUACUCAGGAGUUUGUACAGAGAUCUUCAAAAGAGAGAGUGUGAUCUUCCAGAAAACAGUCUACUGCUUUGUUCAUCUGAGCGUUCAGGAGUUUCUGGCUGCAGUCUACAUGUUCCACUGUUUCACCAGCAGGAACACAGAAGUAAUGAAGGACUUCCUGUGGGAUAAACACGUUGAUUCAUCCCUGGAUGUCUUCCUGAGGAGUUCCAUGGAGAAAUCUCUCCUAAGUAAAAAUGGCCACCUGGACCUGUUUGUUCGCUUCCUUCAUGGCCUCUCUCUGGAGUCCAACCAGAGACUCUUAGGAGGCCUGCUGGGUCGGACAGACAACAGUCCAGAAAUCAUCCAGAGAGCCAUCAACAACCUGAAGGAGAUGAACAUGUACAUGAACUGGAUCUCUCCUGACAGAAGCAUCAACAUCUUCCACUGUCUGACGGAGAUGAACGACCACUCAGUACAUCAGGAGAUCCAAGAGUUCUUGAAGUCAGAAAACAGUUUAGAGAAAGAACUCUCUGUGUUCCACUGCUCAGCUCUGGCCUACAUGCUGCAGAUGUCAGAGAAGGUUCUGGAUGAGUUGGACCUAAAGAAGUACAACACAUCAAAGGAGGGGCAACUGAGACUGAUUCCAGCUGUGAGGAACUGCAGAAAGGCUCGAUUGGAGAGCUGCAGUUUGUCAGAGAUCAGCUGUGCUUCUCUGGCCUCAGCUCUGAAGUCCAACCCCUCCCAUCUGAGAGAGCUGGACCUGAGUGACAACGAGCUGCAGGAUUCAGGAGUGAAGCUGCUGUGUGGUUUUCUGGAGAGUCCACACUGCAGACUGGAGACUCUGAGAUUGUGGGGCUGCAGUUUGUCAGAGAUCAGCUGUGCUUCUCUGGCCUCAGCUCUGAAGUCCAACCCCUCCCAUCUGAGAGAGCUGGACCUGAGUAACAACUACAAGCUGCAGGAUUCAGGAGUGAAGCUGCUGUGUGGUUUUCUGGAGAGUCCACACUGCAGACUGGAGACUCUGAGAUUGUGGGGCUGCAGUUUGUCAGAGAUCAGCUGUGCUUCUCUGGCCUCAGCUCUGAAGUCCAACCCCUCCCAUCUGAGAGAGCUGGACCUGAGUAACAACAAGCUGCAGGAUUCAGGAGUGAAGCUGCUGUGUGGUUUUCUGGAGAGUCCACACUGCAGACUGGAGACUCUGAGAUUGAGGUGCUGCAGUUUGUCAGAGAUCAGCUGUGCUUCUCUGGCCUCAGCUCUGAAGUCCAACCCCUCCCAUCUGAGAGAGCUGGAGCUGAAUAACAACCAGCUGCAGGAUUCAGGAGUGAAGCUGCUGUGUGGUUUUCUGGAGAGUCCACACUGCAGACUGGAGACUCUGAGAUUGAGGCACUGCAGUUUGUCAGAGAUCAGCUGUGCUUCUCUGGCCUCAGCUCUGAAGUCCAACCCCUCCCAUCUGAGAGAGCUGGAGAUGUGGGGAAACAAGCUGCAGGAUUCAGGAGUGAAGCUGCUGUCUGAUCUGAAGGAGAGUCCACACUGCAGACUGGAGACUCUGAGCUGGGAGGACUGAUCUCUGUCAGAGUGUGAGGGAUCAGAAAGGUGGUGGUGUUGAGAGAGGAUCAGCUGUGUCCUGAUGAUCCAGAGAGGUUGAAGCAGCAGCAUCAGCUUGUGUGUGGAGAGGCUCUGACUGGGCCAUGUUACUGGGAGGUAGAGUGGAGAGGAGAGCUUCAUCCAGCAGUGACUGACAGAGGAAUCCCAACAGUGCUGCAGUCUGAACUGCUCUGAGAUCAGCUCCACUGUCAGACACAAAGUCAAGUCCACCAUCAUCCCUGUGUGUUCCUCUGGAUGUGACAGAGUAUCAUCAGUGGAUCUGGACUGCUCUGCUGCUGCUCUGUCCUUCUACACAGUCUCUGCAGACACACUGAGACUCCUCCACUCCUUCUGCUGCACACUCAGACACCUCCUCCACCUGGACCUCCACCUGGACCUGAUUAGUCUGUUUUUAAUUCAUUCAGAUGUUCUGAACCCAAAGAACCUCUGCAGAUUAGUUCUGUUUCUGACAACAGAACUGCAGAUUAACUCUUAUUUAAAUCGACUUUUCUGCUUUGCUUUCUGUUGCAGCGCCACCUUGUGGAUUGAUGGAGAAUUGCAGUUAAUUUCCACGUUAUAUUUAUAACAUAUUUUGAUAACUCUAUAAAAAUGGCAGAUAAAUAUAUAAAUGAAUAAACAGAAAAUAUAAUAAAUACCAGAAUAUUAAAUAAUAUAUAAACAUUAUUAUUUGUAUUUUUUAUACCAAGUCCGUCAACUGCAGACCCCCUAAUUUUAUCUUUGUUAACAUCGACCUUUGAAGUUUGUUUAAAACUCUCCAUAUUGAAUCAUAUAUUGUUUGAAGCUUGUUUUCAAUGUUUCACAAUGUUAGCUGGUCCAAAUAUGGCCCAUAUCUAUGAAAUGUGUUCAUGUGUCAUUUUUAUGCUCAGUGUGAUGUUGUUGCUUUACUAAUCUUAAACAGCCGUUUUCUCAAAAUGACAUGUUUCCUGUACACCAAGUCAUUUUUCUUACAGCAAUAUAUCUUUUAUAAUUCUCAUUUUAUCUGUAAAUAUGUAGAAUAAAAGGCUCCGUCUCACAGAUGAGUGGUGUUACAGCCGACUGUCGAUCAAGGGAAAACAAGCUGUGAGAGGCUGAACAUGGAGAAAACUGAUGAGACUCCACCACAUUUCUAACAAUCCAUUUAUUUUCUAUUUCACAACGAUGCACAACAGUUCCACUUAACAGCUGUUUCCAUACGUCUGUGCAAAGAAAAGGCCAGAGCACAAGACAAGUCAACAUGCACCAAUAAAGAUCUAAAAUGACCCUACCCCCAUGAUCACUGCAGCCAGGUGAGGUGAACAGGUGAGUGCACCUGCUUCUAACUGCGUCCUACACACCCACAUACACACCCACCACCCAAGUGCCAAUCAAGUGUGCAAAUACAAAUCAAGGACAUGAAGAUGCAAAAACGUC